AUGUCCUGAGGAUGGAGCCCACAUUGCAACCCACGGCCGAGCAUAGCUUGGACGCGCUGUGCAGAAACACCAAGUUCACCAGACACCAGAUUCAGCUCAUGUACAGAAGCUUCAAGCAGGAGUGCCCCACGGGGUUCGUGGAAGAGGACAACUUCAAACACAUCUUUGCACAGUUCUUCCCAUAUGGAAACGCCUGCUCAUACGCCCGCUACGUCUUCAAGAGCUUCGACCGGAACAGGAACGGUGCCAUCAGCUUCAAGGACCUGCUCUACUGCCUGUCGCUGCUGUGCUUCGGGAGCGUGCAGGAGAAACUGCGUUGGGCCUUUUCGCUAUAUGACGUCAACGGCGAUGGCUUCAUUACGCGCCAGGAGCUCAGGGACGUCGUCUGUUCGGUGUACGCGCUCCUGGGCCGCCGCUCGAGUACGGACGAGAGGGCACUACGCGAACACGUGGACCGCGUAUUCCAGAAAAUGGACGUUAACCAGGACGGUGUCGUCACCAUGGACGAGUUCAUGGAGAUCUGUUCCAAGGACGACACCAUCGCUAAGUCCUUGACUCUUCUGGAUACGACGCUGUAGCACUGGUUGUCAAGGGUUUCUUGGUUCUUCUGAGAGCAGAGUACGCGAACCACGAUCAGCGAUGAGCUCCCAUUGAAAACUCACCCUUCGCUUUAAACUUCGCCGUCCAGCGACUCUGCGGGCCACAAAGUUUGGAGCGUAUGUCGCAUGGUUCCCUGGACAACCUACACGUGCGACUACAUGUAACAGAGUACAAGGCAUCGCGCUUUCACCACAAGUAUGCAAGUAUAGUGGGCUCAGUUGCGUAUCGUACAUUUACGUUCGGUCAUCCUUUAUAGUUUUGAAUUAGUGUAGAAGUUAUGUGACGAUGGGGCCGCAGAAAAAAAAAAAGUCAAGAAUUAAUGGGGCGAAGCUUCCUCAUCUGCGGGCCCAGCCCUGCUCAAGCGCAGUAGUGUUUUGAUACAAUCACUUUUCAGAGAGGCGCACCGAAAGCUGUCGCGUGUGUCGUGCAACGCGCUGCACGGGAACUCGCACCACGUAAUGUCGUUACACCGCAGGUGCGCAUGUUCAGGCCUGGCCAAAACUGCUGCUGCCGCUGACAAAUCUGCAAGGUACAACACGGGCCAGGCUAGUCAACUACGAAUCCGCAGUGCAAUUCUUCGACAAACGACAUAGUUGCGACCAAGUACAGCUUGAGCGCGGGAAAACGAACAUCGAGCGACGUGCUUUAGGAAGCUGUCAUGCAUUUUAUUUUCUUCUUACGGCAAGCUAGAGCAGAAGACCGGACAUUACUAGUCCGUUGGCUGCACCAUUUUUCUUUUUUUUAGGAGUACUGACACGGAAUUCCAAAGGUGAAACACGUCCGUCAUUCAAUUAAUCCGUGCACGUGGAUAUACUCGAACAAGUAUACUAACUGCACAUGAAAAUUCGAUAUUUUAACUGGGCCUUGUGCGCAGAACUUUCCUUUUUUUCGGUAGGUUAGAGCUGGGCAGGCCCCAUAUUAACAAAACAUAUUUCUAGAGAAGUGGGGGUGCACGUGACCGGUGCCACCCCCCCUGCCCCCAGCUACGCCAUUGCUUGUGGUCGACAACUUCAAACAGAACGUCGCCAGUAAAAAUAAUGCAAAGGCAUCCUGUGACGGUAGGCAAGGUUUCGGUACAUUCAGCGAGUUAGCGAGUACUAAAAGGCGUUGGGACGCAGGUAUGUGCAGGGAGCAUGGAUCAGCAGACUACCUGACCUAUGUCCUGCUUUCGCACUGUAACCAUAUCACAAUGGAUAAUUACGAACUAACCCAAUUCAUCAAGCUUGUAGGACAAGUUGGCAUGGGUCAUUUUUCAAAACUGACGUUUCUUCCUCCUUUCUAAUCGAGCCAAAUAGCCAACCUAUUAAUGCGGUACAUCCCUCGUCUUCGCUUCGUUAAGUGUGGAUUUAAGCAGUAUUUUAUCGCAUGUAGAAUGAGAAGGAACUUCAAAUGGAGGCAGAACAGGGAAAAAUUGGUUUGGUGGAACAAGAGAGAGUUCGAAGCACUCUACAUGUCCCCUCUACAUGUUUACUCCUGCGUCACAUGCUCAGCAUUGCGUCCUGUGUGCAUCAGCAGUUUGUGAUAUCAUGUGAUCACCACCCGUAUUGCGAGCAACUAAAGGAGAUGCACAGUGAGGCAAAUAAUAUUCCGUACCAUGGUCCUUGGUUCAUCGUCACACAAAAAGCAUCCAAAAAUUUUGUGUCAGUACUCCUUUAACUUUGCAGUUGGCGCUUUCCUGUCGCAUAUCGCCCAUUACUUGGAGCCCCACCACACUAGCCUUGCUGAUGGGGUUGGUCAAAAACAAUGCAAUCAAAAAAACAAAAAUGCAGCAGGAGAUUUCACAUAUACCAACCGCCACGAAUAGUAAGGCUGAAUCCUCCAACUGCCCAGGCAAAAUGCCCAUCUAACAUGGUAAUGGGGGGCAGUCAUCGAACAAUCUAGUGCUCUAAGUAAGCAGCCAGCAGUUGGCUUCCAGUUUGUACUUUCAGGCACAACCAUACCACAGUGACUGUGCAAAAUGUUGUGUAGCAUUGUGCCACUGCUGAUACAGUUUGUGGCCAAACGGACAAAUGAAAGUGAACUUAUACCUCCUGUAGGAGCAUUAAACUGAGUGACAAACCAUUGGUCAUACCAGCCUAACAACCACACUACACCUUGGGUGGAUUGUAAGGGCAAACCAGACUGUGGUGUGCAUGUCGGAGUGCACACACAGUUCGCAAGCCAUGCGAGUGUGAUCCGCCCAAAGUCAAAAGCCUUACCAUUAGCUAAACGAAUUUCAGAUUUGAUGCAAGCUCUCUUCAUAGACAGGUAUGCUCUCACGCGGCUGAGGUCCACAAUAUGUGCAAAAUUGUGGAGGAGAAUGCUUCCUAUUUGUGGCAACUGCCCGAGGCAGGCUUUCGCUACAAGAAUAGAGGUGCAACAGUGGUGCUCAUGCAUAGGUUGCGUCAUUACUAAUUGUGGGGCUGGGCACACAGAGUGCAUUUACAUGUCUCAGAGUGAUCGAUGCACUACAUUGCUAGCGUCAUCACGUCCCGAUACUCACAUUUACAGGAAGAGUCGAGACAGCAAGUAGGAUAUGGCAGCCUGUGCCUGCACAAGCCUACAGUGAUCAGCAGGCACAUAUCGCAAGACAAAAGUUCGAAAUCUGGGGAUUGUCUGUAGCAUUUCCACAGACUAGUGAAACAGAAGGCUUCCAUUAAAAAAAAAGAAAGAAAAAAAGAUGGCAAGUUAUUCUAGUUUUGGAAGUGUCACAUUAUAAUAGUGAAGGCUUGGCAUAAGUAGUCUUCUCUGCACCUUGCCAGAUAUUCAUAUUUGUAUAUAUAUAUAUAUAUAAAAAGAUAUGAAGUCCUGCUAUUUUUCUUUUACCCAACCCUCUUACUGCGAAGGGUUCCUACAAAUAAACUGCAUCCAUCUCACAUCCCUUUUUCUUUCCUACCAAGCACACCACCAGGCAACUGAUAAAACAUGUCUUAGCAGUGAACUGCAUUUAGUACAAUGCUACCAAACCCAUCACCUCUUUGAGAAAGCAUGGCUGGCACAAUACUAUAAUUUAUUUUGCAGUGAAAACAAAACACAAAUCCUCAAAAUAAGCAGGAAAACAACAUAACCACUCCCAUAAUGGAUGUCAAUAGGGUAUAAUAAUAAUCCUAUUUCAAAACAAUAUCAGAGCUAUUCUCCCAUUUCAAUGCAGCAUCAGUACGGCGUACUAAAGCAUUCUGCACAAAAACCUGCUUUGUUGGUGAAACACGGUCAACCGAGAGUAACACAAAAGCAAGCAAUGUUCCAUCUUAAACAAAGGUGUGCUUGCAAGGAAAGAAAAGGAGAUGUGAAGGCAAGGCCAACUAUAAGGCCAAUCUGAGUGUUUUCCAAGACAGAGUAGGCCCCGGCCAAGGCCUACCAGUAUUGACUGGGACUGUGCUGUACUGGCACAGUAUAGCUUGCCAUGUAGCUGUAGCAUUAACAUUUCAGGUUGUUGUGCCUAGCCAGAGAAAAAGCGUGACAAAUUAAGAGAUAGCACGCAUAUUUUAGAAGUGUUAUAUGUCAAAGUGGAAAUUCAAUGCCAACAAAUUCUACUAUGUAGACGGGACACGUGCUUUCAGAGGUGACAUUCAAUGUAAUGCCUUUCUGCUGGGAAAGGAAUGAAAGUGUGAGGGCAGGAAACAAGCAAAUGAACGUCAGGUUGGGGGUUGAUUUGAGUGUCGUGCACAUGCCCAGCAUCUGCACAAGAGCAGGUCAGUUCCUGUAGGCAAUCAGAGAGCAGGAGUGUCGCAGACAGAACUCGGGCACAGAGGCCGUUGCAGCGGCCUGUUGCCUGCAGGGGCAACGCUCCAGCAGGACCAGGCAAUUGCAUGCGGAGACAGUGCUUUUUUAUAUGAGUUCAAAGUUUACCAAACCCUUGCAUCAUAGGCGACAGCUCUACCUGUUUGCUGCCAUAUGCUGAUACAAAGUCGCCUUACUGUGUUACAAGGGUGUGUUUGUAUGUCAGUCAAGAUUAUGUCACCCGCUUCAUGUUUGUAUAAAGAUCGCUAUUUUUAUAUGUGGAAAUAAUGAGUAAGCCCUUGCAACAUGCUAACCUACCCAUCACUAAUUAGGCAAGCCAUAUGUUCUUCCUUACUGCGUUUCCAAAGUACUUGUACUUGGCCAAUCUUUUUGCACCCUCUCCGGUGGUUUGCAGAACGGGGCUCAGUAUGACAGACUGCUCUCGAGUUGUGUGUCCCUUCCCAGGCCUUGUUGUGUCUUCCAUGUUGAUGUUAAAUUAUUGAGCCCUCAGGAUUAUUUAUGCAACCAUGUAACCUGCAUGAGAACCGUAGCAGUAUGGCUCCAGUGGCCCAACUAAUUUGCAUGUGGGCAGCUUUGGUGGACUUCCAUCUGCUAUUUUCUUUCCCGGAUAAGUCUGUGUUUAUCUUGGAAACUUGCGUCUUGUACUAAAAGCAGCAUCAAGAUUCUGCUGCAGGCCAGGUGCACUGAGAGCAAGGUAGCCCUCUUAUGACAAAGGGGCAUUUGUAUAGAUGCCAACUUAGGAUGCGUGUUACAAGUGUUUACGUCCUGGCUCACUUCCCUCCAUGUUUGCAGUGCGUGACUCUGUUGUAUGUGCAAUGACCGUGUUUUCU